CGGGCUUUCUCUUCCUCUCCACGAGGUAGCCGAGACCGGUUGGCCUGCUCUGCUUGUCCUGAGUGAUGCCGGGGAAACUUCUUAGUGACGGCGAUUUGGAGUCGGACACGGCCGUGGCAAAAGUGGAGAUGCCGCGAAAGCAAAACGAGAAGAAAGGUAAAAAAGAGAAGCCCAAGUCUAAUAAGACUGAAGAGGCAGCAGAAGAAAAGGAAGAAAUGAUUUCCCCCAAAGCUAAAAAGGUUAAAAAGAAAGCAGGGCCUUCUGAGGUUGACAUGAAUUCUCCUAAAUCCAAAAAGGCAAAAAAGAAAGAGGAGCCAUCUCAAGAUGACAUCAUUUCUCCUAAAACCAAAAGUGUGAAAAAAUCAAAGGAGCCCUGUGAAAAGACAGUUGUUUCUCCUAAAACCAAAAAAGUAAUUAAAAAUGAGGAGCCUUCUGAGGAAGAAUUGGGUGCGCCUAAGCCCAAGAAGAUGAAGAAAGAAAAAGAAAUGAAUGGAGAAAUGGGAGAGAAAAGCCCCAACCUGAAGAAUGGACUCACUCAUUCUGGACCUGACUCUGACUCCAAGGAAGCUGCCAGUGAAGAAAGUAACAGUGAGUUAGACCAGGAAAUAACUGUGGAGCAAAAAGAAGGAGCUUUCUCUAAUUUUCCCAUAUCUGAAGAAACUAUUAAACUUCUCAAAGCCCGUGGGGUGACCUUCCUGUUUCCUAUACAAGCAAAGACGUUUCACCAUGUCUAUAGUGGGAAGGACUUGAUUGCACAGGCACGGACAGGAACCGGGAAGACAUUCUCCUUUGCUAUCCCUUUGGUUGAGAAACUUCUGGGAGAACUGCAAGACCGCAAGAGGGGCCGUGCCCCUCAGGUACUGGUUCUUGCACCCACAAGGGAGUUGGCCAGUCAAGUAAGCAGAGACUUCAGUGACAUCACAAAAAAGCUGGCAGUGGCUUGUUUUUAUGGUGGAACUCCCUAUGGAGGACAGAUUGAACGCAUGCGGAAUGGAAUUGAUAUCCUGGUUGGGACACCAGGUCGUAUCAAAGACCACCUGCAGAAUGGCAAGCUAGAUCUCACGAAACUUAAGCAUGUUGUCCUGGAUGAAGUUGACCAGAUGUUGGACAUGGGCUUUGCUGAUCAAGUGGAAGAGAUUUUAUGUGUGGCAUACAAGAAAGAUUCAGAAGACAAUCCCCAAACAUUGCUUUUUUCUGCAACUUGCCCUCAUUGGGUGUAUAAUGUUGCUAAGAAAUAUAUGAAGUCUACAUAUGAACAAGUGGACCUGAUUGGUAAAAAGACUCAGAAAACGGCAAUAACUGUAGAGCAUCUGGCUAUCAAGUGCCACUGGACUCAAAGGGCAGCAGUUAUCGGGGACGUGAUCCGAGUGUACAGUGGUUAUCAAGGGCGCACUAUCAUCUUCUGUGAAACCAAGAAAGAAGCCCAGGAGUUGUCACAGAAUGUGUCCGUAAGGCAGGAUGCCCAGUCAUUACAUGGAGACAUUCCACAGAAGCAAAGGGAAAUCACCCUGAAGGGUUUUAGAAAUGGUGAUUUUGGAGUUCUGGUUGCAACCAAUGUCGCUGCACGUGGAUUAGACAUCCCCGAGGUUGAUCUGGUUGUACAAAGUUCUCCACCAAAGGAUGUGGAGUCCUACAUUCAUCGUUCUGGACGAACAGGUAGAGCUGGAAGGACUGGAGUUUGCAUCUGCUUUUAUCAGCACAAGGAAGAAUAUCAGUUAGCCCAAGUGGAGCAAAAAGCGGGAAUUAAAUUUAAGCGAAUAGGUGUUCCUUCUGCAACAGAGAUAAUAAAAGCUUCUAGCAAAGAUGCCAUCAGGCUUUUGGAUUCUGUGCCUCCCAGUGCAAUUGGUCACUUCAAGCAGUCAGCUGAGAAGCUGAUAGAGGAGAAGGGAGCUGUGGAAGCCCUGGCAGCAGCCCUGGCCCAUAUUUCAGGUGCUACGUCAGUAGACCAGCGCUCCUUGAUCAAUUCAGAUGCGGGCUUUGUGACCAUGAUCUUGCGGUGCUCAAUUGAGAUGCCAAACAUUAGUUAUGCUUGGAAGGAACUUAAAGAGCAACUGGGUGAGGAUAUUGAUUCCAAAGUGAAGGGAAUGGUCUUUCUCAAAGGAAAGCAGGGUGUUUGCUUUGAUAUCCCUACUGCAUCAGUAACAGAAGUACAGGAAAAAUGGCAUGAUUCACGGCGCUGGCAGCUUUCUGUGGCCACAGAGCAACCAGAGCUAGAAGGACCACGGGAAGGAUAUCGAAGCUUCAGGGGACAGCGAGAAGGAAACAGAAGCUUCAGGGGACAGCGGGAAGGCAGUCGAGGUUCCAGGGGACAGUGGGAAAGAAAUAGAAGCUUCAGAGGACAGCGAUCAGGAGGUGGCAACAAAAGUAACAGAUUCCAAAACAAAGGCCAGAAGCGGAGUUUUAGUAAAGCAUUUGGACAGUAAUUUGAAGUAGAGGAUUUAUAUGGCAAAAACAGAACUAACUGUGUUUGGCGACAGGGAACUGAACAUUAGUUUUCAUACAAAAAAGCACAUUGUAUUUCCUUCCUGACCGCUUGCCCAGUCUCCAUCUCUUCAAGAGAGACAAGCUUUAUCUAAAUUAUUUCAUCUGAUCAUUGUCAUUUAUAACUUUGUUGCUACUUCUGUAUCGAGUAUUUCUUUGGAAAAGGUAUAUGAAUUUAUUACAUAUUUUAAUGCAUUGUCUAUAGAUUGUAAGACAAAAUCAAGCAUGUUUCUGCUGAUACUUUUUUUUUUAAUUGACCUGUCUUUAUACUUAGAAGUGUCUCUUAAUAGUUUCCUUCCUAAAUACCAUGGGGAACGCAACAGUUUCUGGAGAAGCACUUUGAGCACUCCAGGCUUUGUUUUGUAAUUGGUAUUCCUCAGCCACUUGCCUAAUAAUUACUCCUAUGGUCCUAUAAAGUAUCUUCUGAGAAUUAAUACUGAGCAAUGUUUUGAAGCAAGAUUUCAAAUUUAGCUGGGAUGUAACACAAUUUAUGCCAACAUAUAUGUUCUAGAUUUGGAGGAGGUGAUAACAUCUGAUAGGAGAUAGUAUAUAGAAUAGCCAUUGUUAGGUGCAUUUUGAUAAAUUUUUAGCUUCUCAGUAUAAGGUGAUUCAUGCGUCAGUGAAUUCUUCACAGAUUUAAAAUGUAUAUAUAAUGUGUAUAUAAGUGUUUUACUAGAAAGCAAGUACUCUUAAGGGAUUCCAAGUGUAUAACAUGACCCCAUAACUUUCUUCAUAAGUAAGGAGGCUGAAUAAAUGGUGCUUGAUGAUAAUAUACUUCACUUCCUAUUGGAAGAUUAACAUUAUUUACCAAGAAGGAACUAAGGGAGUAGGGGGCAGAGAUUUGCAUUGCGAAAGAUUCAAAAAACAAACAAACAAAAAAAACCCACUGAAAAUAUUUUCCACAUGCAUGAAGGAAACAUUCAUAUGUAUUGAGAGCAAAGAGAAGAACACGUGAAGGUGCAUGAUAAAGCAUUCUUUUAAUGGUGAAAACUUAAUGGGUCGUUAAUGUUUCUAGAGUUUAACUUCUAACAGGCAAGCUGUGGAUUUUAGGUAGAAUGAUCCAAUUUAGUUUCUCAAGGCCUAGUUCCUAUAGCCACAGUAUAGGAUAUCUUUCUUUUUAUUAGACUGCUACUCCACUGAAAGGUUGCAGCUACCUAGAGACUUCCUUUUAAGACAAACUCUACAUGGUUAUUUUUAAGUUGUUGCUUUGAGGGAACUGGGGAACUUAAUAUAGCCCCUGGCCAGAUAUUACUCUGAGGUCUCAAGUAUUCUUUCUCUGGGAAACCUUGUGCAUGGUGCAGGAGCUUAAGAGUGGCAUUGUCUUCUUGCCUUAAUUCCUAGAAAUUAAGGGAAUCUCAGGAAAUAAACUAUGACAGGAGGAGUUCAAAUACGUGGCCUGUCUUGUUUUCAUUUAACAUUUGAACAACUGAAAUAUUUCUAGGCGCUGGUUUCUCUAACUGGGUCUUUAUAUCCAACUGCUUCUUCCUCAGUCACCUUUGCAGUAAAGGGCUCAGAUAAGCCAACUCAACUCCUUGAUUCUUUUUUUUCCCCCUCACUGGUGGAUUUUUAUUAUAAUGAGAUAAGACAAUGAUUUGUUGAUGUGCCAGUUUCCGGAAACAAAGUGAAUCAGCUGUAUUUAUACAUACAUCCCUAUAUUCCCUCCUUCAUGAGCCUCCCUCUCAACUCCUUCAUUCUUUUUUUAUUUUUUUUAAUUUUUUUUUAUUUUUUGGGGGUACACCAGCUUCAAUCAUCUGUUUUUAUACACAUAUCCCCGUAUUCCCUCCCUUCCUUGACUCCCCCCACCUCGAGUCCCCCCCACCCUCCCCGCCCCAGUCCUCUAAGGCAUCUUCCAACUCCUUCAUUCUUGAGGCAGCAUCCUUUCUCUAUUUGGACUUCACUUCUGUCCUUGGAUGCUGACUGGAUGUUUCUGUGUUCUCAAAUUCUCUUGGCUUUUAUUCCUUGAUCCACUUGUCAGUUUUAUCACUUGACCUCCUCGUGGUUUCCCAUCAAGCCAGAGCGAGUCAGGGGAGGUAGGUACUUGAUGACCAACAACUCGUGCCUUGUGGAUCACGUUUUAUUAAAUUCUGGUUUUGCUGAGUUACUGAGCAUACUUAAAUAACAACCAAAACAUUUAAGUUUGGAUAAGAAUGGGUUACUUUAUCAAGUAGAUUAAAAGGACAGUGUACCUGUCCUUUAGGAAGAAAUAAUCAGGCCUAAAUCAAGAGUAAGGGGCAAGAUUAGUGAGAAUUUCACUUUAUACAACUUAGGACAACAUGGCUGUUUCAGUAAAUGAAGCUAAAGUUUCUCCUGGAUCCUAGAAUUCAAAGCAUAUUUAUAAAUGUAUAAUUCAGCUACUAUAUGGUUUAAAUGGGUUUAUUGGGCUUGCCUGGGAAAUGUUAUAAUUUUUACUAUUUUCUACAGAGAAAAUAUUUUCCAAUUUAUGUAUCAAACAACUCAGUGAACCUUUAAAAUACAACCAAUUUUUAUGUUGGAACUAUCUGUGCAGCAGUUUCAUUACAGUUGUACAUAAAGUGUUUUUACUGUAAAAUUGAGUUAAUGUAUAAAAAUAUAGCUUUAUGCCAUAAUAAAGUUAUUAGUAU